AUGCCGCCAAUUUGCGACUGGCAAAUCCAAACAGAUUCAAAUCAUGGGACGUCUGGGGGACCUGCGGGGAGUAUCAGAGGCCAUGUUGUUCUCUGGCGGUGGAUAGACGGCAGUGACAUUUCCGCCGUACGGGUUGUUCGACGGGGACUGGUUCCGGUCUCGACACGCGGCGGAGGUUGCAGUGGAGGCAGCACAUUAUUAUUGCUAGAGGUAAGCUCCGUCUUGGACCACGUUCGUUCUCUAGAGAACUUCAUCAUCAUCGUGGGAUGUGGGGGAGCCGGAGGAAUCCAAGAUAUGAUGUCAAGUAAAGCCUGGCGACUACGUCUUGUUCAUCGGUAUCCAGCCUGCAGAUUGCGGAAUAACGAAGAGAGCGAGGAAAAGGACAACUAA